GGAAGCGCGUGAUCGCUCCCAUGAUGCAUCGCUGCGGCUCAGCUGAGCACAGAGAUUCUGCUGGACGCCUCAGAUUCUCUCCAGAUUAGAUCUGUUUUAACACGGAAUCCAAUCUGAGGGGAAUAUAAUCCGAUCACGACAUGUUUGUCAGAUGUGAGUAAGAAGAAUUUAAGAGGAGACAUGCUCGCGACUCAACUCGCUGACUCUGUUCAAGAGGCCAAAAAUGCCAAACAGUGGAUCAAGGAGAAGAUAGCACAGACCCUGAAGUCACUGCAGAAGCGCUAUGUGACCACGGACGCACCGGUGACCAGCGAGGACUCGGAGGCCAACCAGCUCUGCUGCGCUCUGGAAGCCGUCUUCAUUCACGGCCUCCGGAGUAAACACAUCCGAACAGAUGGAGCAGGAGCACGUAACCGCAAAGGAGGCUCUCUUCCUCAGCCGGUCUUCUGGAACCUGCUUAAAACCAUCACUCACAGAGACGUGAUUCUGGAGCUAGAGGGUUUGAGCUUCAUCAACUCGGACGUAGGUCGGUGCAGAGCAUGGGUGCGUUUGGCACUGAACGAUGGACUAUUGGAGUGCUACUUGAUGUCACUUCUCAGAGAGAGCACCAAGCUGGGGGCCCACUACCAACCUGGAGCACUGCUUCUUGACCCUGAGGAGCGUGAGGUGCUGCUCAGUCUUCUGCAGGGCCUAGCCUCGCUUGCUUUCCAGCUUUCCUACAAAUCUGCAGUGCUCAAUGAGUGGACCACCACACCGCUGGCACUUGCUGGUCUAUGUCCACUUCUGCCCAACGAUGACUUGUGCCCCCCUGCUUCACGCCGAGAAUCUUGGGAUACAGCUUCUCAGUCAUCUGGAUCUGGGGGCUCUGGCAGAGGACAGGUAGGCAGGACGGCGUCAGAUCUCAGCCUGGACACCGCUGGCUCUUGCCAUCUCUCUUCCAGCUUCGGCUCAGAGAGAGAGAGCUGGAGCUGCCAAAUGGAGAACAAGAGUCCAACUGAAGAAAUGAGUAUCUCCUCCAGCCAGGAUAUUAUAAAAGACCUUGAUGUGCUUAGUCCUGCUGCAGACAGCAUGAAUGAGUCCUCCAUUCCCAGCAGUAGUGAUGACGACUCGUCCAGCAAACAGGAUAGAAACCAAAUGCUUGAACCUUCCGUGGAGUUGUCUGUCCCCCAUGCUCACGCAGUCGUUUUGGAAGAAGAAUCUUCAGAAGAGGAACUCGCAGAGCAUUUGACUGCCCUUGUAACUAGAAGACCAAUGAAAGAUCUUGUGGAGUCCUGCAUAGUAGAAGAUCAGAAGCUGGAUGGAGAAGACUCUUCUGCCAUUUCCUUUGACACCUUCACCCCUGUGUUAGCCUGUCAGGUGACUUCAGACUUGUCAGAUCCCAGCAAUCAUACACCUUUGAUUUCUAACAACCUCGAGCUGGUAAAAAACUUGGACCAUGCUUCUGUCCAUCGCAGUGGUUCAUCUUAUGCUCUGAGUGGGAAAACAUCUGCAGGCUCUGUUAGUUCUCACCAUGUUCCUCAGAAAUCCCGGUCCUGGAUCUCAGACGAGGAUAUUUACAAGCCAGAUACUUACGCAAGUGGCGAUUCUGAAGAGUCUGAUGUUUUUCAGUCCACCCAGGUUAAUGGGAUUGUGUCUGCUGAUGCAGGACCUGAAUCCCACCAAUCUCCACCUAGUGUGGUCCGUCGUAGACAGAUUGGCUUGUCAAACCCAUUCCGAGGUCUUCUAAAGCUGGGCCAGCUGGAGCGCCGUGGCCCUGUGGGUUUGUGGCGUGCAUGCCACUGUGAGCUCUCACCAUUUGAGCUGCGCCUAUAUGCCGAUGAUGAGGAGCGUAACAUCUGCGAAAACCGCUCGCUGCUGCGCUGUGAGAAUGUGCUCCUGGGCUCCGAUGGCCGGUUUCAUCUCGAAUUCCCUGGAAAGAGGCUACAGCUGCGGGCACCAAGCAAAGCUGAGGCUGAAGACUGGGUGGAGCGCAUUAACGAGGCUGUAAGCAGUUUACGGCAGCAACCAUAUGAAGACUGGGAUGACCUCUCAUCCUCAGUCAUGCCUGCGUCUAUACCAGCUGAGCCGUCCAGUCUGCCGGAGACGGACUGGAGCAGGCCCUGUGAGCCAGAAGCAGAUGCCAUAAAGGAGGCUGUAGUGCACUUGAGCCGAGACGAGCAAGGUUGGUGUUUGAUAGUGCUGUCUCUUUCAUUGGAGGCACUUCAGGGAUUUUCAAUGCAGAACGGCUGCAAAACGCACCUUUUCUGCCAUGGCGUUGAUGCUGUGAGAGAUGUGGUACCUGCUGUGGCACUGGGAGGCCCUGCCUUCUUCAAGGUUCUGACAGCAAAGGAGACACUAACAAUGCAGGCAGAGAAUGGCGAGCAGGCACAUUCCUGGAGGAGCCUUAUCCGCAGGGCUCUAGAUUCCUACCUGGAUGAUGAGAAUGAGACAGGAAGUGAAUUGACGUCACUGAGUGGAGGCAAUGUCCACAGACUUGUUCAGCACAGGCUUAAGGAUGAUGCCCUGCUGCUGCCCUUUCUGACAGUGGUCCCUAAUGAAAAAGGGCUGAAUGCACAGAACUUUAAAUGUGCAGGCUGUCCCAGGCAGAUUGGUGUAUCUUUAGGACGAGCCAGGCUGUGUGAGUUAUCAGGUCAAUAUUACUGUGAUAACUGUCACCAGGGUGACAUCACAAUCAUCCCCUCUCGCAUGGUGCACAACUGGGAUCUCAGAGCACGUGAGGUCUCCAGGCAGGCCAUGAAGCUACUGACGGAUAUUGAGCAGGAGCCCUUAAUAGACCUUGAUGUCUUAAAUCCUGACCUGUUUGAUCACACUGACACCAUGGCAAGAGUGCAAUGCUUCAGGCAAAGACUCCGCCUCCUUGGAGAUUACCUUCUCAUUUGUCGCAGUGGAAUCCAGAAAAAAAUACAGGCCAGGUUGCAGCAGAGGACCUACCUACUGGAAUCAAGUCAUCUAUAUAGUGUUCUGGAUUUUAGGCAGAUAGCAGACGGCCAGUACGAAUCCUUUCUGCAGUCUGUCAUACAGUUCUCGUGCAACCACGUGCAACAUUGCGACCUCUGUACACAGCGAGGGUUCAUCUGCCAGAUCUGCAACAUGGACGACAUCAUUUUUCCUUUCCAGUUCGACACCACCUCAAGGUGUAAGGCAUGCAAAUCUGUUUUCCACUCGUCCUGCAAAACCCAGAGUGUCGGUUGUCCUCGCUGCGAACGUCUGCAGAGAUAUAAGGAGAGAGACCAUCUGGAAUAAACCACGUGCUCUUCUACAUUUCCCUGUAGCCCCAGCACCAGUGUAUCUGACUGAACGUUCCUCAUGACCAACAGUAGCUGUGAUAUGAUCGCUGCAGAGCUCAACCAGUUCAAAUACAACAUGUAUUUAUUUACACUGCCUCAAGUGCACUUAUUUAUAUCUAUAGACUGACCAUAUGCACCGUGCGUGUGUUGCUAAGCAAACAGUAUGAGAGUUUGAGAACCAGACACUAAACUUGCACUAACUGAGAAUCGAAAAUUUUUCCUCCGUAAGCAUGAGAUGAAAAUGUACUGGAUAGAUUAUUAUUAUUAUUAUUAUUUUUCUUUUCUUCAUCGCAGUAAUCUAUAGACAUACAUACAUCAUGGAGAAUCGUCUACGUCUUUGGGAAAAAAAAAGGCACUUUUUAUUAGCGCUUAUGCUUUUUUAAAAUUUUUUUUUUAAUACAUUUGCCUUUUCUUUUUUAUUAAACAAUCACACAAAGCAGUGUUUUGCUAAGGAUCACAUGACCCCUGUUUUUUUUUUUUUAUACGGCUCCAAAUCUGCAUCCACGUGUGUGAUCGGCAUCUUUUUAUCUUUCUUAUGGAAAUGAUUGGCUGUUCUAAUACGGCAGCAUAAAUAUGUAGCAUUUUAUUCUGAUCUACGUUCAUUUAUACAACGAAAGCUCCUAAAAUUCGUCUUUUAUCCUUUCUUCAUACCGAUUUGUAUGAUUUUUUUUUUUUUUUUUUUUUUUUUUUAAACUCACUCUGCCAAAAGCUUCUCCAUUACUCAACCUUAACGCUUUGUACAUGUCGUGUCACACGACCUACGCUUUCUUUUCACACCUGUUUUUAUUGCUAUUGGCAACUUAUUGAAAAUUGUAAUUACUCAGUUUGUGUAAUGAAACGUUUCAGUGUUUCAUGUUCAGGUCAAAUUCAUUUCUUUUUACACUGCAUGGGCAUUUUCUGGCAAAUUAAUUACUGUUUAUAUGAUUAUAUACCGUUAUUAGCUUAUGAUCAGAUUGAAGAUACAUUGCAGUUAUGUGUGGGUUUUAUUGGGAUUGAGGGAACAUUUUUGUUUUAUUUUAUUAGCAUAAUUGCAUUUUUUUUUUCUUUUUGGACUCAGACAAAUGUCUAACUGUACAUGUCUAGAUUAGAUUUAAAAUAACUUAUUUUGAAUUAUUAUUAUUUUUUUUUUAACUCGAGAGGUUCUGCCUUCUCUGACUCCAGGGUGCAACAUCCGAGGCAUUGCAUUGUUCUGGUUCUUCUUCUGGUGCUUUUUCAUAACAGUUGCCUUAUGUCAUCAUCAUUAAAUAACGUUUUAUUAUAGAGAACGCAGUGAAUUUUUUUAUUAAUACUAUUGUUUCUCCCCCCCUCUUCUGUUUAACCUUAAAUACUUGGCUUGGUUUCUGCCUUAUUUGCUUUAGAUAAAAGGCUUUUUUUGUUUUGUUUUGUUUGACACUGAUGACCUUGUUGUCUAUGUAAAAAAUUUGCUGCGCUAAAAGCUACUUUCUGCUUUUAAUAUCAUUCCUCUGGAAGAGAUUUGUGUCCCGUUUAGUCCAGCGUCAUAGCGAUAAUCCAAAUAACUUUAAUUUCGCAUUAAAGAGUAGCUGCUGUUGAAUUCAACACACUGCAUCGUGACCAAAUGCUCAAAGUUUUAAUAAAAAUGGAUCUCUGAAGCCUGUUGAAAGCAUCAGUGUACACCGAGCAGUUUAGCAUACGCUAUGUAACAUUAUUACUCCUGAUGUCAAUACCCAUGUGUUUACUGUUACAUUGAAAAUUAAGAUGUGCAAUUUCUGUAAAUAAAAGUUUUUUUUGCUAUUUUUAA